AUGAUGUACGAUGAUGUUGCUUAUGAUCCCAAGAAUCCGAAGCCAGGUGAGCUGCAUAACUCUCCAGACGGCCCAGACUAUAGGAAGGGAAUGAAGGUUGACUACAGGACCACAUCGGUGAACAAAAUUGUUUUUCAAGCGGUUCUCAGCGGUGACAGUGUGGUUGCGGGGAAGUAUCCGGGAACACAAAAGAAGACAACGUCUUCAUCUUCUUACACAGACCACGGCGCGUACAAUGUUCUGGGAAUGCCGAGUGGAUCUCCGAUGAUGCGCUCAGAUUUGGCAAGCUACAUUCAACAUGCUCGAAGUGCCGGGAAAUUCCACAAACUUUCUAUAUACAUAGAGGCGUGUGAAAGCGGCUCCAUGCUGAUGGGCAUGGAACACGACAAUUUUGGAAUAAAAGAUAAAACGCCCUGA